AGUCGCACCCACUUCUUCCCUUCCCCCUUCUCUUCACUCCGGCGAGCGUUGUUGAGGGCGGCGGAGAUGAUGACCCUCGAUCUGAUGGGAGGGUACGGGCGGGUGGACGAGCAGGUGGCCAUCCAGGAGGAGGCAGCGGCGGGGCUGCGCGGGAUGGAGCACCUCAUCUCGCAGCUCUCCCGGGCGGGCACCGGCGAGAUGUCCCCGCCGGCCGCGGCGCAUAAUCAGCAACAGCCGCAGGACAAUCACCAGGUCGACUGCCGGGAGAUUACCGACAUGACGGUUUCAAGGUUCAAGAAGGUCAUUUCCAUCCUCAACCGCACCGGCCACGCGCGGUUCCGGCGCGGCUCCGUGGUGGCGCAGUCGCAGGGCCCGGCCGUGUCCGUGCCGGCGUUGGCGUCGGCGUCGAGGCCCGUGACGCUGGACUUCACCAAUUCGGUUACCGGGUACGGGAAGGACGCCGGGUUCAGCGUGUCCAGAGCGAGCUCCUCGUUCCUAUCGUCGGUGACCGGAGACGGGAGCGUGUCGAACGGGCGCUGCGGCGGGUCCUCAAUCAUGCUCCCGCCGCCACCCGGUGCGGCCAGCUGCGGGAAGCUGCCGCUAUCGUUCGCGUCCGCCGGGCAGAAGCGCAGGUGCGACGACCACGCGCACUCCGAGAACGACGCCGGCGGCAAGUACGGCGCCAACGGCGGCCGCUGCCACUGCUCCAAGCGCAGGAAGCAUCGUGUGAAGCACACGAUCCGCGUGCCGGCGAUCAGCCCGAAGGUGGCGGACAUCCCCGCCGACGAGUACUCCUGGCGCAAGUACGGGCAGAAGCCCAUCAAGGGCUCCCCCUACCCACGCGGGUACUACAAGUGCAGCACGGUGCGCGGGUGCCCCGCGCGGAAGCACGUGGAGCGUGACCCCGGCGAGCCGUCGAUGCUGAUCGUCACCUACGAGGGCGAGCACCGCCACACCCCUGCCGGCCAGGAUCCGUCCCCGCCACUCCUCGCCCCGCUCCCGGAGCUGCCCAACCAUUAAAUCUCUUUUUCUUUUUGUCACAUCCUGCUCUUGAUUAGUCACCACCAUUAGGCUUCGUUUUAGCAGCUCCAUUUUUUUUCCUGUUUCUCUCGUCUUCGGUUUAGCAGCAUGUAAAAGGAUUAGUGGUAGGAAACUGUUACCCAGAGAUUCGGAGAAGAAAAGGUACUGUACUGUAUUUUCAGAGCAAAACGACACAGGAAACGUGGUCGGGAAUUUGACCGUGCUAUGCGAUUUCAUAGCCCGGUUUAACCCCGGUGAUUUGGAGUCCGGUUGGGGUGCGGACGGAGGAGUCAAAAGGGCGUGGGGCCCAGCGAUUGUUCUGGUCCUGGGUGGGGACCGAGGGCGGGCCGUGGACGGGGUCAAGGAACGCGGCAGAAGAAAAGAGAGAGCGGUGUGGUUGAGAUGCUUUCGUUUGGAGCUGUUGUUGCAUGGCGGCAGUAUAGCUAGCAUGUGCGAGGAAAGAGGGAGCAAAAGUCAAAAGGGCAUCAGAGAGCUGGAGCGGUGGGGCAGGUGUAUUUGUCUCGCUGCCACAGCAUGUGUGAAUUUGUCACGCGUUCCGUGUCCCCACCGCCCCCUUGUGGGCUGGAUCUUCUGGGGCGGUCAUCGCACUGUUGCGGCUGCUGAGUACUGAUUGCUUCAAGACGGAUAGGACUUCACUCCGGGCUUGAUUGCUUCAACGGAUGUACUUGUAAUUAGGGUCUGUUUUUCAAAAGCUGUUUCUGAGCUAUGGCUGUGCAGAAGCUGUUUUUUCAGAAGUUGUUUAUAUAAAAAUAGCGUCUGUUUGAUAACCCUGUUUUAGAUAGUCUGGCCCAUGGCUUUUAAGCGAAUAAAAUAUGCAAUGUCUAUAA